AUGGCUUGGCGCACUGCCAGCGGUGUCUUUACUCGUGGCGUUGACGGUACCGUCUCACAGCGUCUGCGACAGUUGCUGACUCGCUUAGAUGAACUUGUGAACUGGGAACGGUUGCAAAGAGCGAACACGGGUCAACGGCAGCGGGAGAUGCGUGUAGACGUGAAGCCUGCGAAGCGUUUGCUGGACGCGCUUGGAAGUCCGCAGCACUGCUAUCGCGCCGUUCAUAUUGCCGGGACAAAGGGCAAAGGGACCCUAGCGGCUAUGCUCACGGCGUAUCUGGUCAAACAAAAAGGAUUCCGAGUCGGAACAUAUACCUCACCACAUGUAGAGCGCAUCCAAGAGCGAGUCAGGCUGCAGGGUGCGUGCAUCGAAGACGAAGCGCUCGCAGACGCCCUCGAGAGCGCCCUUGCUGCGGCUGAUCCAUUCCUGCAAGACGGCGUACCGGUGGUCGAGCGUCCUACCUGGUUUGACGUUAUGACGGCGGCCGGAUUCCUAGCAAUGAAAACGGCUGGUGUCGAGUACGCUGUCAUCGAGUGCGGCAUGGGCGGCGCCAAGGACUCCACGAACGUUCUCGGAGCUGAGGUCUGUCUGCUCACGAGCGUUGCCCUGGAGCAUGCGGAGAUCAUCGGGCCAGGUCUAGCCGAUAUAGCUCGUGAAAAGGCAGGUAUUGCAUGGCGGCCGAGUUGUAUACUGAUCUCGGGCGUCCAUCAACCGGAGCUGCGGCAAGUCAUUCGGGAGACGGUGGAGCAGUUGUCACCGCCGGCUCCUCGCUCCGUUGUCUUCGUAGACGCGGCUUCCUGGGAAGAGCGCAACCAGUUGAUGGCGGAGCGCGCAAUAAAAGAGCUCGCAGCACGGUAUGGUUGGCUUCAGUGCGAGCCACCGGAUUGGUCGCUGCUUCAACCGCAGAUGAAGCAGAUGCUUCCCGGACGCAUGGAGUGGUUUGCGCUCCAUCGCGGAACGCUAUCGGUGAACGUGCUCGUCGAUGGGGCCCAUAUUCCUGAAACCGUACAACGCCUCCCUUGCGGAGCGUGGAUCGUCUUAGCCAUGGGCCGCGACAAGCGAGUUGAGGAGUUUACCGAGGCCUUGAUGCGCUUCGCACCGCGUGCGAUCAUCUGCACUCGGGUCGGUGAUGACCCAUCGUACAUGCCGGCUGAUGAGCUGCACGAGCGGGCGCAUCGCGUUGUUGCCAAUCACGCUGCAGCGGUGUCUCAGACGCCGGUGUUCAAAGUGGCACUUCCAGAAGAAGCGCUUCGCCGUGCGGUUGAGCUUGCUGCGACGGCAGCUGGUCCAGAAAAACCGCACAGUGUGGUUUGUAUCGGAUCGCUCCAUUUAGCAGGAAUUAUACGGAGAACGCUCCUUCGUGACUGGAAUACGGGAAGCAUCCCGGAUUCGCGGACGUCCGCCGCUGAGCCGCCGGCUGGAAAGCCCCAGGCACAUAUCGCCUUGUGA